ACAGAAGAGAGAGAGAGAGAGAGUUUAAGGGAAGGGAAGGGAAGGGAAGGGAAGAGAAGAGAAGAGAAGAGGCAGAAGAGUGUCACAUGGCAUGUGAGCACCAGCUGUGUCCACUCCCUUACUUCUCUCAUCUCCCUCUCUCUCUGUGCACUGUGUUUUGUUAUAUAAAUACCAUUCUUACCUUUCUCAGUCUGUCUUUUGACUCUCUCUCUCUCUAGACUCCAUAGCCAAGCUAUUCUCUGAGCUCUCUCUCCCCCUCUCGGAUGGCUGAGUCCGAGCUCAGACCCUGAACCCCUAAGGGAGGAUAUCCCCUCACUUCUACUUCUACUUCUCUCCUCCUCCUCCUCCUCCUCCUCCUCCUGUUUUUCGUUUCACUUUUUCUGCUGCUCCUGAAAGAUGAAGAAACCCCUGCAACUCUACCCCUUCUUCGUUUUCCUCUGCCCCGUUUUGAGCUUCCUCCUCCUCCAGGCCGACUCCGCGGCUCUCCCCGGGGACACCCAGCUGCUCCUCAGCUUCAAGUCUGCCAUUAAAAACCCUGCUUCUCUCCAGAACUGGGUAUCCACGCAGAGCCCGUGUAGCUUCUCCGGCGUCACCUGCAUAUCCCUCCGCGUCACCUCCAUAGACCUCUCCUCCUCCGACCUCUCCGCCGACUUCCACUCCGUCGCGGCCUUCCUCCUCCCCCUCGACUCCCUGGAGACUCUCACCCUCAGGGCCACCAACCUUACCGGCACCAUUUCCCCGCCCGCCGGAGCCAAAUGCGGAGCUUCACUCAGCAGCUUAGAUCUGUCCCUCAACUCCCUCUCCGGGCCCUUCUCCAGUAUCUCGAAUCUGGCCUCCUGCUCGAGCUUGAAGCGCCUGAACCUUUCCGGCAACUCCUUGGACUCAUCCGUCGAAGACAAGGCGGGGCUGAAGCUCAGCUUGCAGGCUUUUGAUCUAUCUUUCAACAAGAUUUCCGGCCCGAGCCUCGUGCCGUGGGUAGCCGCCACCGGCUGCAUCGAAAUGACCAUUUUGUCCCUGAAGGGGAACAGGGCAACUGGUGAAGUCGACGUCUCCAAGUGCGGGAAGCUAGCCUACCUGGACAUUUCGUCGAACAACUUCAGCGCCACUCUCCCCAAGCUCAGCGACUGCUCCGCCUUGGAGCACCUCGACCUCUCCUCGAACCGGUUCUACGGCGAGGUCGGGGGCUCGCUCUCCAGGUGCUCACAGCUCAGCUUCUUGAACCUCUCCACCAACCACUUCUCAGGUUCAAUCCCCUCGCUUCCCACCAAGAACUUGCAGUUCCUUCACCUGUCGAGCAAUGAUUUCCAGGGUGCAAUCCCCUCGAGCUUGUCCGAUGCCUGCUCCACUCUCCUCGAGCUCGACCUCUCGCACAACAACCUCUCCGGCAGCAUCCCGAGCAGCUUGGACUCGUGCUCUUUGCUACAGUCCCUUGACAUCUCCAACAACAACUUCUCUGGCCACAUCCCGAUGAAUGUCCUGUUCUCGGGCAUGACCGGCUUGAAGAAACUGGUUCUGUCAUUCAAUUACUUCAGCGGGCCCCUGCCCGACUCCGUCUCGAAGCUUCCCGAUUUGGAGACGUUGGAUCUGAGCUCAAACAGCCUCUCCGGUUCGAUUCCGGGCGGGCUCUGUCAGAAUCCUAGCACCAGGUUACAAGUUCUGUACCUUCAGAAUAAUCUCUUCGCUGGUCUAAUCCCGCAGUCUCUCAGCAACUGCUCCCAGCUCGUCUCGCUCGACUUGAGCUUCAACUACUUGUCAGGAAGCAUCCCUUCGAGCCUCGGGUCCCUACCGAAGCUCAAAGAUCUAAUCCUUUUGCUGAACCAGCUCGAAGGCGAGAUACCGACUGAGUUAAUGUACAUCAAGACGCUGGAGAAUCUCAUCCUCGAUUUCAAUUACCUGACAGGAAACAUCCCCGCGGGACUGAGCAACUGCACUGACUUGAACUGGAUCUCGCUCUCGAACAACCGUCUGAGCGGGCCGAUCCCUGGUUGGAUCGGGCAACUUUCGAACCUGGCAAUCCUCAAGCUCAGCAACAACUCCUUCUCGGGCAGCAUCCCUCCCGAGCUUGGGGACGCCCGGAGCCUGAUUUGGCUUGAUCUGAAUACCAAUCUCCUCAACGGGACCAUACCACCACAGUUGUUCAAGCAAUCGGGGAAGAUCACAGUGAAGCUUCUAAAUGAUAAGAGGUACGCCUACAUUAAGAAUGAUGGGAAAAAAGAAUGCCACGGGGCAGGGAAUCUGCUCGAGUUUGCAGGCAUUAGGCCCGAGCAACUCAACAGGAUGUCGACUCGAAACCCAUGUAACUUCACUAGGGUCUAUAAGGGAGUCAUUGACCCAACAUUCAAAAACAACGGGUCGAUCAUUUUCCUCGACAUCUCCCACAACCUACUAUCGGGCAGCAUUCCAAAGGAGAUCGGGUCGAUGUAUUACUUGUAUGUGUUGAACUUGGGCCAUAACAAUAUCUCAGGUUUGAUCCCCCCUCAGAUCGGGCAGCUGAGGAAUCUGAACAUUCUCGACCUGUCGAGUAAUCACUUGGAAGGAACGAUUCCUCAGGCCCUUGUAGGAUGCUCCAUGCUCACAGAAAUCAACCUGUCGAACAAUUUCCUCACUGGCCUGAUCCCUGAGAUGGGCCAGCUCGGGACGUUCCCGACUUCGAGCUUCCUCAACAAUACAGGCCUGUGCGGGAUCCCUCUGGCAGCGUGUGGUGCUGACUCAGGGGCAAAUGCAGGCUCUCAGCACCAGAAGUCCAACAGGCGGAGGGCCUCUCUUGUGAGUAGUGUCGCCAUGGGAUUGCUAUUCUCACUUUUCUGUAUCUUUGGGCUGAUUUUUGUGGCAAUGGAGACGAGGAAGAGGAGGAAGAAGAAGGACGCAAACUCGUCUUCUUUCGAUGUUUACGUGGACAGCCUCGCGCACUCGGGAGCCAUGAACUGGAAGCUUACUAGCGCUCAGGAAGCACUGAGCAUAAAUCUUUCCGCAUUUGAGAAGCCGCUCCGAAUGCUUACCUUUGGUGACCUGCUUGAGGCCACAAAUGGGUUCCAUAAUGACAGUUUGAUCGGAUCAGGUGGGUUUGGGGAUGUGUACAAGGCCCAAUUGAAAGAUGGGAGUGUCGUGGCGAUCAAGAAGCUCAUCCACGUGAGCGGGCAGGGGGAUAGGGAGUUCAUGGCUGAGAUGGAGACGAUAGGGAAGAUCAAGCACCGCAACCUCGUAUCCCUGCUCGGUUAUUGCAAGGUCAAGGAGGAGCGGCUUUUGGUCUACGAGUACAUGAAGUACGGUAGCUUGGAGGACGUCCUCCAUGACCAUAAGAAGGCUGGUGGAGUCAAGCUAGACUGGGCUGCAAGGAGGAUGAUUGCAAUCGGCGCAGCGAGAGGAUUGGCUUUUCUCCACCACAACUGUAUCCCUCACAUCAUCCACCGAGACAUGAAGUCGAGCAAUGUCCUACUCGACGAGAACCUUGAGGCUAGGGUGUCGGACUUCGGGAUGGCAAGGUUAAUGAGUGCAAUGGACACCCAUUUGAGCGUUAGUACCCUGGCAGGGACCCCAGGAUAUGUUCCUCCCGAAUACUACCAGAGUUUCCGGUGUUCUACAAAGGGUGACGUCUACAGCUAUGGAGUGGUCCUCCUCGAGCUUCUCACAGGGAAGAGGCCCACGGACUCAGCCGAUUUUGGGGACAACAACCUCGUCGGGUGGGUAAAGCAGCAUGCGAAGCUUAAAAUUAGUGAUGUUUUUGACCCUGUACUCCUAAAGGAGGACCCAGGCCUUGAGAUCGAGCUAUUGCAACACUUGAGGGUCGCGUGCAUUUGCUUGGACGACCGGCCCUUCAAGAGGCCCACUAUGAUCCAAGUCCUAGCCAUGUUCAGGGAGAUCCAGGCAGGGUCUGGGUUUGAUUCAGUUUCCACAAUCGCGACCGAGGAUGGAGGGUUUGGUUCGAUCGAGGUUGUGGAUAUGAGCAUAAAGGAGGUGCCCGAGUUCAAAGAAGUGUCGGACUUUGGCAAGCGCUAGACCAGAUCAAGGUUUACAAGGGAGGCCCGAUCAAUUUUUCCCCGACGAUUCUUUCCGGAAAAGGAGGGCGGACGGAACGGAUUUUUCUUUUCAUUUUCACCUUUGAUCUUCUCCUUGUUCUCUCCUCUUGUGUUUACAGUCUCCUUGAAUAUGGGAUUUAGCCAAUCUUGUAAUUUCCCGCUGUAUCUCCAUAGUUCUAAUGUAUAUGUAUGAUAUUGUAAUCUUCACAGAGAAUCUUUGUUCUUAUACGUUAAAGAAGAAGAGGUUGUCCAUUUUCAUCGUGUA